AUGCCGUCGGCGACUUACGCUUCCACGGGCGACCGUCCCCGCAGAAGCACGUAUCAGGAGAUUCCAGUCUCCUCGACCUCCCACCCCGAUAACCCAAUUCCCGAAGAACCUCGAGGUGUACGUUCGCUCUCAGUGACGGACACCAACUUCAAUGUCAUCUCUGGGUCCUCGUCUCAAGGGUCUGGAUCGACUGGCACCCAUACCCCCACCACCCCUCUGACACCUCCCAACGAGAAUCAAUCGGAUGAAGAGCUUGGGGAGGAAAAGACCGAUGGCCGCCAACGACGACGAGCAUCCACCAUCCUCAUUUCGCAGAAUGCGGAGGACAUGAGAAGAGUGCUGGAGAAUGUUGGCACGGCAGGUACGCAGAAGCUUCAGUCGCUCUGCUGUGGCGGGGGUUGCUGUCGAGGCCAGGCAUUGCGUCCUGUAGAUGGACCGAUCUCAGGCUUCAAUUCGAUUGUCGGACCCGCCAACAACAAGGCUUUCGACAGUCUGAAACUGAACCUUGAUCUCCUUACCAUGGACAGCGAGCUUUCUGGCAUUGCUCCGCUCCCAGAGAAGACCGUCUCCUUCAAGCCAAUCCCCGCAUCGGCAAUCAACAUGUCGCUGGGUCCCGCAGACCAUCCACCCGACUUUGUGCAGCCGCACCCACCAUACAACGUCUACCGGGCGCCUCUCUUCCACACCCGCGAACUCACAGGCCCCGGCGCCGAAAAGCGCACUUACCACUUUGACAUCGACGUCACCGAUUACCCCGCCGAGAGCGGCAUGGUCGACUUUGUCGUGGGCGGAGCAAUUGGUGUCUGUCCUAAGAACAAGGACUCGGAGGUGGAAGACGUUCUCAACCUUCUCGGCGUUCCGAGAUCCAUGCGCGAUAAGAAGGUCCUGAUGCGAACCACCAAGGGUCGCUGGCCCACCAUCUGGGGCGACGACAAGCCCCGCGAACUCAUCACCACCCGCCGUGAAGUCCUCAGCUGGUGCGCCGACAUCCAAUCGUACGCACCCACCAAGCCUCUCUUCCGCCUCCUCGCCGAACACGCCAGCGAGCCGAACGAGAAGAAGAUCCUCUCCUACCUCUCCUCCGCACAAGGCCAAGGUGCCUUCUGCGAUCUCCGAACAAGCUCCUACGUGUCUCUCUCCCAACUCCUCACUGCCUUCCCAUCUUCUCAACCUCCCCUCGACGCCCUCCUCUCCGUCCUCAACACCCUCAUGCCUCGCUUCUACUCUCUCUCCCAAGACCCCCAAAUCUCCUGCCAAUACAAGGGCUCCGAAUGUCGACGCCUAGUCGAAGUCGCCGUAACAGUCGCCGAAUCCGACGAUUGGCGCGGAGGAUCCCGCACCGGAGUCGGCUCCGGAUACCUCGAGUCACUCGCCCGGCGCGCCAUCGAAGCCGAAGCUAAGGGCGAGAAACUAGACCUCCACAUCCCCAUGUUCAGGGGACUCAUGGCCAACCCGCUCGCGACCCGCUUCGCAUCCGACGGGCCCAUGCUCCUUAUCGGCGCGGGUGUUGGUAUCGCGCCCUUCCGUGGCUUCGUCCAGCGUCGUCUUCAGUCCGCCAAUUGCGCCAACAAGGUCUGGGUCUUGCAGGGUGUGCGUGACUCGCUUUUGGAUGAGCUCUACUCGGGUGAGUGGGGUGUUCACGAGGAUAAGGUUCGGACUGUUGUGCAGAGUCGCAAGGGUGAGAGUCGCUAUGUGCAGGAGGAAGUCCGUCACCAGGCGGAUCUGGUUUGGUUCGUGAUCAAUUCGCUGGACGGACGGGUCUUCGUCUGCGGUUCUGGAAAGGGUAUGGGUGAAGGCGUGGAGGCUGCGCUUGUUGAGGUCGCCAUGGCCAAGGGAAAUCUCAAUUCCCAGGAGGCUGAUAUGUUCUGGCAGCGCAAGAAGGAGGCUGGGCAGUACAUUGCUGAAACUUGGUGA